AUGCUCACUAAUUGCUGCACAACGUGUCCGGUUUUUGAAAGUACGAACGGUCUCGAAAGUUGUGAAACAUUGUUUUUUUCUUUACAGCUUUGAAUAUGUGGAUGAAUAGUAGUGGCCACGUAUCAUGUCUUGGAUGUAUGGAAUGUUUCACAUUAAUACUAAUGCAGCUUCUACAGAAUGUGGUGAUUUGUCUACAUAUGGUAACUGUGGUGGGGUUCGAGGUCAGGUUUUCUUGUAUGAAUGCCAUUGCCUAUCUGUACUUCUAUUUUUGGUGGAUGGUUUUGUGGUGCUGGUUGGUUUGAGAGGGAUUGCUGGAGGCCACCUCCCCCAUUUGUUUUCUCCAGUUGUUACUGGUGUUUCGAAGGUUCAAGUUGUUCUAGACGAGAAUUUCUGCCAGCCAGACAUGUUUGUCGGUUUUGCCUUGGUAUUUUAGCUGUGCAGUGGGAAAACAUGCCUAACCCCCCUGCGGGUUGAUGUGGUUUUGUAGUGAGGCCACCUAAAGGAAUGGACUACCUCCCUAUAGAAGGUUGAAUUGGAGAUGACAGAUAUAGGUAUACGAUUCAAACUAUUUCAGUCAUGCAAAGGUC